AGUACAGUCCGCCGACGUUCGAGAUUCCAAUUCCGUGGGUCUGGGGCGGUUCAAUCAGGCUCGCGGCGUUGAUGGUGGAGCCGAUUUAACUGCAUUGGUCUCCAAGCUGAGCCACUGAGCCAGAAUGGGGGACCAGAUGGAGGCUUUUGAGGUGACUGACCAGGAUAUUGAGUGUGAGUUUAACCCCAGCAUGCGUCGCGGCUUCCGCCAAACCCGCGAGGAGCAGAUCUAUGGCGUGUUCGCUGACGAUAGCGGGGAUGACAAGCCAGGCCCCUCCAAGAUGGCCAGGAAGAGCUACACAACACCAGUAGGUUUUGUCAAAGGAGGUGUUCACCAGGUGGGAAAGAAUGAGGAGCCAGCAAAGAAAGAAGAGGAUGAUGAGGAUGAUGAAGGUUUUGGUCCUCCCCCUGGCUCAAGUGACGAGGACGAGGCGGGCUCGGCGCCGCGUCAGCGCCGCUUCCAGACGGCCAGCCGCGAGGAGGUGGCCGGUCUGCGCAGCCAGGCCGGCGCCGGCCCCACCGCCGGACUGGGCGACAUCGGACACUGGGAGAAGCACACUAAGGGCAUCGGCGCCAAGCUGCUCAAGCAGAUGGGCUUCCGCGAGGGCGGCGGACUCGGCAAAAACUUGCAGGGCAUCUCCACGCCGGUGGAGGCAAAGCUGCGCAAGGGCCGCGGCGCCAUCGGCGCCUACGGCAAGGAGAAGCCGGCGUCGCGCGCGCCGGCGUCCGACGACGCUCCCGACCAGCCGGAGCGCGAGUUUAAGGAGAAGCUGGGCCAGUGGCGACGUGGCCCGCGCCGCAAGAAGGUCGACUACGUGUAUAAGACGCUGGACGAGGUGCUGGAGGAGGGCAAGACGCGGACGCUGAAGCCGGCCGUUGCGACAGGGAGCGGUGACCUGGCGCGCGUGAAGGUGAUCGAUAUGACUGGCCGGGAACAGCGCGUGCUCUCCGGAUACCACGCCAUCCAUGGCCAGCGAGCGCCGGCUGAGCCGACCGACGAGGAGACGGUCGGCCGGCGCGUCUUCGAGAUGCCAGAGCUGCUGCACAACAUCAACCUGAUGGCGGAUAUCUGCGAACAGGACAUCCUCCGAACGGACCGCGCACUGCGACACGAGCGGGACCGCCAGGUGACGCUGGAGCACGAGGAGGCCGAGCUGACCGAGGCCAUCAGCCGCCAGCAGCACCAGGUGCAGCGGGUGGAGGAGGUGGCACGCGCCGUCGACUACCUUCAGGAGCACCGGCCCGGCACCGACGCGCCCAGCUCGCUGGACGUCGUCACCAAGCUGUUCAAGAAGCUCAAGACCGAAUAUCCGGUGGAGUUUGACGUGUUCGACCUGGACUACCUGGCGCCGGACUAUGUGUUCCCGCUGGUGCGGGACCACCUGCAGCACUGGAGCCCGCUCAACAACCCCAAGUUUGCCUCGGACGUGUUCUCCGAGCUGAAGGAGGCGCUGGAGAACAGCGACCGCGCGCUCAUGGAACAGGGCGUGCCUGUGGACGUGUACCACAGACUGCUGUGGGAGGUGUGGAUGCCACCGGUGCGCUCGGCCGUCAGCCUGUGGCAGCCCAAGCGGCAGCCAGAGCUGACUCAGCUGCUGGAGCAUUGGCGGUCGCUGCUACCGCGCUGGAUCUUCGAGAACAUCUGCGACCAGAUGCUGAUGCCUCGUCUGCAGACCGAGGUGGACGCGUGGAACCCGCUCACGGACGCCGUGCCCAUCCACAGCUGGAUCCACCCCUGGAUGCCCAUCAUGGACCAGCGCCUGGAGACGGUGUACCCAACCAUCCGGCACAAGCUGGCGAACGCGUUGCUCGCGUGGCACCCGUCUGACCGUUCUGCGCGCCUCAUCCUCUCGCCGUGGGUGGGGGUCAUGGCGCCUGGCAGCCUGGAGGCGUUCCUGGUCAAGAACAUCCUGCCCAAGUUGCAGCUGGCCAUGUCCGAGUUGGUCAUCAACCCGCACCAGCAGGUUUUGGACCAGUGGAACUGGGUGAUGGACUGGGAAGAUCUCCUCUCGCCUGUGCAUCUGGUCAGCAUCCUCGGCAAGAUCUUCUUCCCGAAGUGGAUUCAGGUGCUGGUGACCUGGCUCAACCACGGCCCCAACUACGAGGAAGUGACCAAGUGGUACCUAGGCUGGAAGCAGCUCGUGCCCGAGCGGCUGGUGGGUCACGCCGUGGUGCGAGAACACCUGAACACGGGCCUGCAGCUGAUGAACCGCGCCGCCAGUAACCCCGGCCAGACCGUCUCAUACAAGGAGCUGAGCCAAAUGCUGGCCAGUGAACAACCGCCGCCGCCACCACCGCCGCCGCUGCCGCCGCAACCGCCGCCGCCGCCGCCUCCGCCGCCUCCGCCCCCGCCGCCGCCGCCCUCCACCACUGAGCUGCGCAACAGAGGGGACCUGUCGGCUGCGGUUCGCGCGUCGUCCGGCUCGGUACCGCUCGGUUUCCGCGACCUGCUAGAGCGUCGAUGCGAAGAACGUGGCAUCCUGCUGCACCCACUGCCGGGCAAGUUCCACGAGGGCAAGCCCAUCUUCCGCUGUGGCAGUCUGCACAUCUACCUCGACCGCAGCGUCAUCUUCAUCAGCGAGGGGGGCGUAUGGGUGCCCUCCUCCCUGCAGUCGGUGCUCGACAAAGCGUCCUGAGGGUGCCCGUGACGCGACCGGUGUCUGUGACUGUGCGAGGGAACACGGAGCGUACCCCGACCAGGCCGGCGGCUCGGGUGACGCGCCGUCGACCGCGGAGACGUGCUCUCAUCUCGUCACGUGGAGCACGCCCCGCUGUAUUUGUUAUGCGUUUUGAGUGUUUAAUGUCAUGACUCAUGUGCUGGUCGGCCUCGGAUGACGGCCGGGCCUCCCAACAUAAACGGCGCGGGACGCUGUCUCUUCGCG